AUGGGGCAGCGAAGCUCUGGUCGGCCGGCGGGCAGUGCCUGCACACCCUGCAGUGCCGCCAGGGCCCGCGCGCUGGCUUCGAGCUGCAUGCGCGCCUGGAGGGGGCCUCUGCGUCGAUUCUCCCCGGACGGGCGGCGGGUGCUGACCACAACGUACCCCCUGGCAGCGGGCGCUGGCCCAGGGAGGGCAAAGGUCUGGUCGGCCACCUCUGGGCAGUGCCUGCUCACUUUCAGCCACGAUGAUUGGAUCGGCUGCGCUGUCUUCUCCGCAGACGGCCAGGCAGUGUUGACCCAAUCGAGUGGCACAGUGAAGGUAUGGUCUGCGACAUCUGGAGAGUGCAUGCAAACACUCCGCGGCCACCAGAACUCUUUCGAAUUCGCCAUAUUCUCGCCAAAUGGCCAGUGGGUGUUGACUUCUUUGGAUGAUCAUACGGCCAAGGUCUGGUCAGUCACUUCGGGAGAGUGCCUGCAAACCCUACGUGGUCACGAGGAGUUGAUCUAUUCCGCCGUUUUUUCCCCAAACGGCCAGCGAGUGUUGACCACUGCGUUCGACAACGCGGUGAAGGCCUGGUCGGCCACCUCCGGAGAGUGCCUGCGCACGUUCGUCAGCCAACAGGAAAUCAUGGUCGAUGUCCUCGUCUCGUCGUCGGACGGGCAGUGGGUGCUGACCGCCUCUGCGGACCAGACUGCGAAGGUCUGGUCGGCCUUCUCGGGGGAGUGUCUGCGCACGCUCGAGGGCUACCAGGGGGAGCUUGUCGACGCCGUGUUCUCGCCGGACGGCAAGCAGAUUCUGACGGUUUCGUUGGAUGGGACCUCGAACGUCUGGUCGAGGAGGAAGACAAGGAAGAGGAGGAAGACGGCCGCCUCCAGGGAGGGCCCGUGCGCGCUGGAAGGCCACAAGGACAGGGCCGUCUCCGCCGUCUUCUCGCCAGAUGGCCAGCACGUGGUGACCUUUUCGCCUCUCAUCUCUGAUAACGACAGCGUGGCGAAGGUCUGGUCGGCCGAUUCUGGGGAGUGCCUGCACACGCUGGAGGGCGCUGGACGAUUUGCCUGCUUCGCACCGUGA